AUGUCAAUGUUCUUCUAUCUGGUUCUCUUGGUGACUGGGCUACAUGGCACAUCACAUAAAAAUUCUGAAGGUAAAGCAACCACCUGCUUUUAUCCCCUGAAAAAUGGCACUCUGUAUAAGAUGUCAUCCAUCAAUGCUGACUUUGCAUUCAAUCUCUACCGAAGUUUCACUGUGGAGAAUCCACAGAGGAAUAUUUUCUUUUCCCCUGUGAGCAUUUCUGCAGCUUUGGCCAUGCUCUCCCUCGGGGCCUGCUCCAGCACUCAAACUCAAAUCUUGGAAAGCUUGGGUUUCAAUCUCACAGAUACCCCAACAUCAGAGAUACAGCAGGGCUUUCAGUACCUCAUAUGUUCACUGAAUUUUCCCAAAAAGGAAUUGGAACUACAGAUGGGAAAUUCCCUCUUCAUUGGAAAGCAACUGAAACCACUGGCAAAGUUCUUGGAUGAAGUCAAGAGGCUCUAUGAGACUGAAGUUUUUUCUACUGACUUCUCCAAUAUUUCUGCAGCCCAACAAGAGAUCAAUAGUCAUGUGGAGAAACAAACCAAAGGGAAAGUUGUGGAUCUUAUACAAGACCUCCAACCAAACACUGUCAUGAUUUUGGUUAACUAUAUUCACUUUAAAGCCCAGUGGGCAAAUCCUUUCGACCCAUCCAAGACAGAAGAGGAAUACAGCUUCUUAGUGGACAAAACCACCACAGUGCAAGUGCCCAUGAUGCACCUGAUGGAACAAUACUAUCACCUUGUGGAUACGGAGCUGAACUGCACUGUGUUGCAAAUGGACUAUAGCAAGAAUGCUCUGGCACUUUUUGUCCUUCCCAAGGAUGGUCAGAUGGAGUGGGUAGAAGGAGCCAUGUCAUCGAAAACACUGAAGAAGUGGAACCGUUUGCUACAGAAAGGGUGGAUUGAUUUGUUUGUCCCAAAAUUUUCCAUUUCUGCCACAUAUGACCUUAGAUCCACUCUUCUGAAAAUGGGUAUUCAAGAUGCCUUUGAUGAUAAUGCUGAUUUUCCUGAACUCACAGAAGACAGUGGUCUUAAACUUUCCAAUGCUGCCCACAAGGCUGUGCUGCACAUUGGUGAAAAGGGAACAGAAGCUGUAUCUGUCCCUGAAGUGAGAUUCCUGGAUCAUCCCGAGAUUACUCUCCUUCAUCCUAUCAUCCAAUUUGAUAGCUCCUUCCUCUUGUUGAUUUUGGAGAAAAGCACCAAGAGCAUUCUCUUUCUAGGAAAAGUUGUGAACCCAACGGAAGUGUAG